CAUUGCCCGUCAGAGGCUGCUGCUGCAACAUCUUCAGCGACGCACAGUGGCGACGACUGCUGCCCAACUGCGCUCACAGAGACAACACGGCUUGAUCCGAGGCAUCGAGCAGAGCAGGGGCCCCUAGCGACUGUCAGGACAAGAUAUUGACAAGAGAAGUGGCAAGUCAAAAAUGCUGCGUUCAGUCUGGAGUGACUUCAAAAGAUGAUGUUUUGAGGAGACAAAAGUCCGACAAAUAAAGGGUUUGACUCGAUUAAUGGAUCACACAGAGACCAAAGUUGAAAUGGCUGAAGAGGAGCUGCUGGAGUCUCUCGUCAUCACUGAAGACCGAGACACGACUGAAACUGACGCUGAGAAAGAGGCAGCGAGCUGCUCAAAUGCCGUCGUACAGAGCUGUAGUGAAGAAUCUGCUCCCAAAGAGAAAGAGAAACAGACAGGAGAGUAUGAUAAUCCAGAAGAUACAGCAAGUAAAUUAAAUUUAAAAGAGCAAAGCUUGGUGAAACAAAAGAACAUGGAGGAAGACAAUACCAAAGAGGAUAAACCAGAGGACACAAAUGAUGGACAGAACAGAGAUGAUAAUGAGGGUGAAGUGCAGACACAUGAAGUCAUGAUGAUUAAAGAAAAAACAGAGAGACCCAGUGACACAGAGGAUGAAAAUGUCACAGAAAAUGACCCUCAAGUGGACACAAGGAGGUUAAACUCUUCUGAGGAACAACCUGAAGGGGGGCUGAACCAAGAGGAGGAUCCAAAAAAGGCUCACCGGUUAACCCCUGACUUUCCAGAGGCGCUGUACGAGCUGCUGUGCACCCUUCAGGAGGGGCGACGGCUCAAUGAUCAACGCUGCUCCUUCAGGAUGGAGAGCGGGAUGAGGCGGAGGAGGUGCCACUCCGAGCCCAACACCACCAAACCAGCCAACAGAGUCGUCUUUUCCUCCAUGACUUCGCUGCAGAAAGAGGAGUUUUUUGAGCUGGUGGCCACUGCACAGGCCCGCCGGCUGGAUGAUCAGAGGGCGCAGCUCGAAAGGUCUCCACCACCAAAACCAAAAGCCAGAAGUUUCAGAGGCAGCAUAAAACAACUCUCUUUUGUGAAAAAGCCUGUGCCAGUUCCUGUGCCUAAAGAGGAUCUCUAUAAUAUGAUUCUCACCACACAAGCCCAGGGCCGGCUGGAGGACCAGCGCAGCAGGGCUCCAGGGCCCAUGGAUGACGAGGACUUCUUCUCCCUCCUCCUGAGGGUUCAGGGGGGACGCAUGGACGAGCAGAGGACUGAACUACCACGCUUGCUGCAAACCUGAGAUGGAAAAACAAGAAACUGUGGGGGCUACUGUUGGAGCCAGCCAGUAUUGUUGCCUUUUUGCUAUAACUUCCUAUUUGUUGUUUAGGGAACUGUCAUCCAUUUUGAUAGUGUUGAUCAGUGUUAAAGUUGUAGCAAAAACGCUAAUGUUUGAGCAACAGAGCUUUUAAUGUGACUUAAGGGGCGUUCCUGAAGAGAAGUUUACUUCCAGUUAGGCUUUAUUUUUCCUAGUGAAUAGGAUUAGUAGAUAUGCUUUGUUACUGGGAAAUCUUGUAUUUUAUUGAAUUAUUUUAUUUGCAAUGAGCUGUUGAAGGGUUGCAGUGUGUGUGCAGGUUCUUAAUGUGGAGGAGGCGGUCUGCUGAUCUCUGUUGUUCUCCUUAUCUGAGCAGUAGAUAUAGUGAUUAAACAUGGCGGGGCAUUAGUGGUAAGGAGGCAAUAGCUCCAAAGCCACAUAGUGCUUGACUGUAUGCAGGUAAUAAUUCUCCUCCAUGAAAUAAACCAAAUGUGCAGUUGAGAAAUAUGGCUUUAUCAGUUUGUCCAAAAUACCACUGGACAAAAGGAACAUUUACAAGAAUGAAUAAACCUGUUCUGUUGCCCUCAUCAUUAA